AUUCAACCAGUUGUUUAGGUCCCAGAUUUCUUCAGCGAAUCAACCAUGUCUCAGACUGUUGUGCUGAAGGUCGGCAUGUCAUGUGGAGGCUGUGUUGGUGCCGUGAAGAAGGUUCUUGGCAACAUGGAAGGAGUGGAAACUUUCGACAUUGAUCUCGAGCAAAAAAAGGUAACGGUGAAAGGAAACGUACAGCCAGACGCAGUUUUGCAGACCGUUUCCAAGACCGGAAAGAAGACCGAGUUUUGGCCAACAGAAGCACCAUCAUGUUGUGGAAGCAAAAAGUCAGCCGAACCUGUAGCUGCACCGUCUUGUGAAGCAGGAAAGCCAGCGGAUCCUGUGGCUGCGGCACCACCUUGUGAAACCGGAAAGCCGGUCGAUCCUGUGGCUGCAGUACCAUCUUGUGAAACCGGAAAGCCGGUGGAGCCUGUGGCUGCACCAUCUUGUGAAGCGGGAAAACCGGUGGAACAAGGUGCUCCACCGUGUUCUGAAGCGGGAAAACCAGUGGAAGCUGUGGCUGCACCAUCUUCGGAGACCGAGAAGCCGGUGGAACCUGUUGUUGGUUGAUCUUUAAUUAAGGGUUUGGAUCGAAAGGUUGUCUUAUUAUGUCAGUUGGUGUGGUGGUUGUUUAUGCAAGUUUGGAACUUCUUUGGGAUUGUAAAAUUAAGCGUUUGGAAUAAAUCUUGGAACUACAAUAAAUAUAAAACAAUUGUCUUAAAAA